GUUUAUUUCUUGCCACUGGUGGUUGUGCCUCAUUAUGUCAUUAUAACAAUAAGUUUAAAAUUCAAAAAAAUGCAUAAAAAUUUCUCGUGAAACCAUCACUUUCAGCUCACCAAUACAUUUGGUAUCAUUUAUACCCAUAAUAUUCUCAAUAAUUGAAAGGCCAAAAAAAUUAAGCUAUACUAUGUCUGUAAAACUGCAUUAUAUUGAGGCGUCUCCUGCAGCUAGAUCUGUAAUGAUGGUAAUGAAAGUGUUGCAAUUUCCCGUUGAAUACUUGGAACUUGACUUAUCCACUAAAGAUCAGUUUGCGCAAAUAUUUCUUCAGCUAAAUCCUGCUCAUACUGUUCCAAUUUUGGAUGACGAUGGGUUUAUACUGUGGGAAAGUCACGCCAUAGUCAAAUAUCUGGUGGAUAAGUUUGGGAAAACCGAUCAAUUGUAUCCCAAAGCACUUCAAGAGCGAGCAAAAGUGGAUCAAAUGUUAUUCUACAAUGCCAGCGAUUUAUUCCCAUUGUUGAGGGAUGCAGUGAUACCGAUAUUUAAUGCUAAAGCACCAUUGCAGAGUAGUUCAGUACCAGAAGACCAAAAGAGAAAUAUCGAUAGUUGUUUGGAAGAGUUGGAACAAUUCUUGAGAACAUCCGAUUUUUUAGCUGUAAAUCGUUUAACUAUUGCCGAUAUUUGCGCUCUGUCUAUUCUUAGCACCAUUAACUAUUUCAAAGAGUUCAGUAGCUGCAAUUAUCCUAAACUGAAUAAGUGGUUGAAUCGGUUAAGAAGUGACCAUUUUUACAGAAUCGAGUUGGAUGGUUUAAGGAAGUUCAGUGAUAUGUUCUCUACUCUAUAAAAAUAUAAUCAUUGAGAAGCU